ACGGCCCACGGUAGGCCAGUCAGCUGCUGAGGAGCGUGGUGAGGAAGUGUGCUACGCGAGGAUGUAACCAUUCCCGUCCAUCUAUGUUGGCCAGCCUCAGUCUCCUGGCUCUGAUGUACGCUGAGUACUUGGAGCGGCAAUGACAACUAUCAGGGGAGGCGUGAAGGACCGUAUUAUCCAUGAGAUCGGGAGAGCCAUCAAGCAGGCUCAGCUGGAAUGGUGUGGCGUUGGGUGCGUGAGGGCAUGCACAGGACGGUGGCUGGUGCUAAGUCUGGAUGCCGCCCUCCUCCAUGGCCUUCGCUCCCUUGGCCACGGCUAUUGGCCUGUGGUUUCUACAUUGCUGGACCGACCCUCCCUGAGCACCAUCACCUCCCUCCCAUAUGCCACUAAGCCACUCACCAGAGGUCGAUCCUGGAUCUGUCUCUGCCUCAAUGAAGGGCAGCUUGAAAACUAUAUACAUGUGCUCACAUCCCACACUGGACUGCUGGCUGCUCACUAUGAGGCUCAUGGCUUGCUGCGGGACCCCCACCGUGCCCACCUGCUGCUCAUGCUUGCAGCUGGCCUGGAGCACCUCAAGUUUGCCAUACCUAUGGAUGUGCCUGGAUGGAUGCAGGCAGAGGGCAGCCUCGGCAGCUCCUCUGGAACAAGUAUGAACUCAAUGAGCAUUUCCUUGACCAGCAUGGGUUCUUCCCUCCCCUCUCCUUCACUGCAGGACCCCCUUGACCUGGAUACCACCUGUUCUGAAGCUCUUGAGGAGAAUUGGCUUUCUGUUGAGGAAGAGGCUCCAGUCUCUUAUCCAAGAUGUGAGGACUUGGAUACAUCCAUUCACAUUGAACACAUUCCGAAGGUGUCGAGAAGAAAGAGGCAGAGUAGGUCCUCCUCACAGAAUUCUUCAGCUGGCACCACACCUAUCACUUCCACGCCUGCAAGCUCAGAGAAGAAGAAGGAAAAUGAACAUCACAGGAGCACUGGAGGCUCCCUUUGUGGUGAGGCGAGUGUACCAUUGGAUGACAGAACUGAAGCACCUCAGUCUGGUGGGGAAAACUGUGAUAAUUAUUGUAAGGAAGGUGAUAGUGCUGCAAGAAAUAAAGAAAAUACAAAAGGCUGUUCUAGACUCAUGGCAGAUAAUGUAGAGACACAAGGUUGUAGGGAAAAGUUUGUGACAGUGAAUGAUACCCGGUCAAGUUGUGUGGAGACAAAGAGCACCGAGGAAAGUAAAUGUGGUCAACAAGAAAAUGACUACACUGGAGUAGAGCCCAAAGUUGUCCUUCGGCAGAAUGUGUCCUCCACUAAGAACAGUGAGAAGCGGGUCUCUUUCACAGAUACCUUGGAGACUGAGUCAAACAACAAAACCAUGCACAAGCGACUAAGUUUGUGCAGCAGCUCAGGGAGAGGCAUGGAGAUCCGGGACCUGAGUGACCUGAAAGAGCUUUUAUCCAGCCUCAAGGUUCAGGGGAUGCUGCCCAUGACUCUGUCCUUGGAUGAACUUUUCUCCUCCUUUGACCAGUCCAGUCCUGUGUUGAGUGAGAGAGCUCCUCCAGAAGGCCAGGAAGAUCCUCCACUGCAUCAGUCCAUCACCAGUCUCUUUCAGAACAAUAACAAUAAUAACAGUGUCAGUGAUGACAGUAACAACAACAAUGCCAGUGAUGUGCCCACAGGGGAGUCCUUGGACAGUGAGCAGGAGAAGAAAGCAACACAGGAGACAGACCCUCAGGUUGGGUGUUUCUCCCACCACAGUGAUAUCAUUGAUGGGGUACGGUGGGAGGAGCUGACUAAAAUAGGCCAGGAGAUGCUGAAGGAAGGCUUCCAUGAAGAUGGAAAGAUAGGAAAAGAGGAGCUAAUAUCCCGGAUAUACCAAGAUUAUAAGGCUGGUGACACACAGAGACCAACAGGUACAAGGCCAAAAAGAAGACAAGAUUAUCUCAAUCAAAGUGACAUUCAAACAUGGCAGACAGGCAGUAAAAAUUCCAGCCUCCAGAGAUUUCCCAAGCGAAGGGGCUGCUAUUCCAAGAUACAUCAUUCAAAUUUGGCUGACCGGAGGCAACUAUACAAACAGUUCUAUAAAGAAGAAAAGAGAUGGCCCAGUCUUCAUAUUCCUGCUAAAGUGGACCCAUCUGCUUUCAAGGAAGAGGAGGAGCGACUUGCUCUUGAAGUAGCACAGGGCCAGUCGAACCUCACACUUCCUGGGACUCAGGUGGAUCCUUUCAGUAAACAAAGGUUUACUAAUCAAUUGUUUACUUCUGAAGAGGAAAAAUUUUAUAGAAUGUUCAGUUUGAGGGAAGGCCAUAGUACAGGACAGAAUGUUGGGGUACAAGUAGUUCUGUCUUCUCACGCUCUCUAUGUUGUUGCACCGCUGCCAAGAGGAGCAAAGCCUCGCCACACACUGAAAUAUGCCGACAUCCAUACCAUCAUUGUGGGAGCAAAUGACCUUUGGGUUUGUGUCCUGAGUAAGGAAGCAAUGCGGGAGGAUUUCUCUGUUACGGGAGCGUUUCCUGGUGUCCAGCUGGAAGUUGGAGAUCCUGAUGUUACUCAUAGCCUUAUGAAUUCCUUGGAGCUUGCCAUCCGGCGCCAUUUCCUCUCAGGAAAACUAGGUAUGAGACCGGUGCCAGCUCCACCAUUGGAGAAAGACUUGAAACCUUCCACAAGGAAAGGCUUUCUUCAAGAAUUCACUAGGGAGUGUGUUGAUAAUUUCUCCAAUUCCCUGUUAGAGGAAUCCCUCCUUAAUGCAUGGGACUCUAGGAAAACUGUUGAUGUUAGUCAGGAGUCCUCUGAGAGUAGUGAAGCAUCCCCCGCAGUGACUCCAGGAUCUGCCCAUUCUAGUCAAGAGUCAACUGAUGCCAGCCAAUUAUCAACAGACAUCAGUGAUAUGUCCAAUGACUCCAGUCAGUCUGAGGCAAGCCACACAUCUGGUGAGCUAAGCAGAGCGUCAUCUGAUGCUAGUCAAGUAUCCAAUGAUAUUAGUCACUUAUCAUCAGACGUCAUUCUAGGUUCCACAGACUCAAGUCGACAUGCUUCAGACUUAAGUAAUUCAUUAUCAGAUGAAACUCCCACUUCAUCAGACAUGGUCCAGUCACUAUCAAGUAUCAGUGAUGCAUCUCUGAACAUGAGCCAAACCUCUGGGCAUGAGGAACCUGAGUCCUGCAACACAAGCCAGAGGUCUGGGGGCACCAUCAAGGGUUCCACUGGGAUGGAGCACACUCAUCCUGUGGAGUUGGAGCUGCAGAAGCAAAACCGAUUUUAUUCCUUUGCUGGAGGAUACUCUCGCUGGAAUGGAGCUUAUCUGGAGCAGAGCCUUCCAGCAGUGGUGGUACAUCCUGCUUGGGAACUGUCAGGACUUAGCAGAUGGUUGAAGUCCAGACUUCGUCUCCAGGAGUCUCCUGAAGUGGUUGGUUAUUGGCUGGUGGACUGGGAGGAUGGCAGCAGCCUUGGGGGAGGUGACUCAGUGUAUGGCCCGCUUGGUCCCACCAAGGAAGGCUCCCUUAUGUUUAAGCCCCCUGGCCUUCUGAUGCCCUGGAGGCCUGCCUAUUUCAUACUCAAAGCUGGAGUGCUAUACCAGUUCAAUGAUGCACGGGAGAGGCUGCCUCACAUGAUAGUGGAGGUGGUGCAGUGUGUGGGGUGUGUGCGUCUCUCCUCAAGUCAGCGACCACAUGCCUUCCAGCUGCUGAGAAAGAAAGAAGCUCCCUUGAUGUUGGCAGCCUCUGAUGAACACCAGGCCUCUCUUUGGCUGCAGGCCUUCCUCACCAUCAUCAACAGUGGUGUACGAGACAUCAGUGAGAGGACACAGAUGCCUUGCCGUGUGGUCUUGCUGGAGUCUGGGGUAUUGUUGGCGCAGCAGUCAGAUCUGUUCCUUGGUCCACCCCCUCAGCUUGAUUCCAACAGCAGUGAGAAAGACAACUCUGGUACCACCUCACAGCAGCUUGUUGAUGCUUCUUCCAGCUCACAAGCUCCUCAGGUUCAGCUCCCUUUGGAAAAGAAGGAACCAGAGAAACUAAAGAACAUGCAUCUUCUUCACCUCAAAGAACGUAAACCCCUAAGCUCUUCUUUAAGCUCCUUGAACCAUGUCAGUGGCACAUCCUCAGUUCCUGGUAGUCCUGUUCGCCGCAUUUCUCGUGGGGAGAAGUGUUUGUCUCCAGCACGCAAAAGUCUUCAUCUCCGCCAGAACAGUCUUUCAAGACUUCUAGACUUGGAAACAGCUAGCGAGAAGCAACAUAACAUUGAAAAGCCAUCACCACCAUCUCCUCAAAGGAAGUUAUCAAUACAGAACAUCCCAGUUGAGAAAAUGAGAGAGGAAGAAAAUCCCCACAAUACUGAAAGCUUUAGAUACACAGGAGAAGUGAAGGUUUUGACAAUAAGUGCACUGGAACAUUUAUCCUCUGUCUCAAUCUAUGCUGAGUGCCCAACUACUUGCCUCUUGGAGUUUGAGUGUAGUGAAGCUGGGGAGAUUUCUGGAGACUGGGCAAUUUACUUCCGCUCAGGGGGACAGCUGCAACAGUUUCUGGCUUCACUGGCCAACACCUGGCAGUCCUGCUCUGAGGUUGAGUUUCCCCUGCGGCGGGUGGAAGAUGCAGGUGUCCAGCAGUUCCUCUUGGAAGGUUCACAGAUAUCCAGUAAUGGGUGGUCUCUCCUGCAUUUGUAAAGUUGUGAUGUGUGGAGAGAACUCACCACUACUCCAGGAAGGCUUGAUGUGCAUCCUGCUGGCAGCCGCUGACACCAAGAUAAAGGUGGUUGUUUGUGUGCAUUUUUUUCUUCAUAAUUGAGUGUAAUCAGAUGUGUUAAGAAAUUUGAGAACACUAGAUGAUUAUAAGAUAAUACAUUAAUACUCAUCAACUUAAGAGUGUAUCUUGUUAGGACAUUAACCUCUAGUCAUGUGACAAUACAGAGCUUUAAGAAGUUAAUUCCUUUGUGCAUCACUGUAGAAGAAAAGGCAUUUAAUAUUGAUAAUUUUGCAGCUGCUGAAUGUAGAAGACAGAAUUUCUCAUUUACUUAAAUAAAAAAAAAAAAACAUGUUUAUAUAGCUGUAACAUGCUUUCAGGUAUUUUCAUGGAUAUACUAAGAUACAUGUUUUAUAGUAACUAGAAAUAACAAAGGAUACUAGGUGUGCUGCACCUUAGCUGGAAACACAGGAACUACACUAUGGAGAGGACACCACCACAACACCACCUGCUUAACAGAUUUCUUAUAUCCUGAUGAAGACUUUGUUCUUCAUAUCUAAUGAUUCAUGGAUUUUUUUUAUAGUGUGGUUAGAAUUAAAUGUUCAGUUAUUUGAAGACACAUUGGUACUGCAGUGUUCUGCAUUUCACUUGUGUAUGAGGUUUCAAAAACAGUUCUGCUAUGGAAUGCUGUUUGCAGUAUUUGUCUUUGAUGUUUUAUACUUUUGUGCUGCAACACUUUCAUCUGUGUAAUAUGAUACUUGAGAUAACUACAGUGUGUUGAUGGAACAUUGGCUAAUGCAGUACUUGUAUGAUGUACCCAUCCUACCACCUAGAAUUUUGCUCUAAACAUUUGCAGUCUAUGAACUUGUAACUAUUAUAAGGUGCAUUACCAGACACCAACUACUGUAAGGUGCAUUAUCAGACAUUUUUGCAUUGUCUAUGUUUAUGUUAUUAUGGAAAAUGCAUUAUUUAAUCUUUGAAGCAUUUCUAAGAGUCAGUCAUUUCUUGAUGGCAGAUAGGCAGUAUUAUUUAUGUGGAUGAAUAUAGACAGGGUGCUGAAGGGUGUUAUUGUUCAUGUUCCCAGAGGAAAAGUCACAGGUCCUUCCAUGGUUGAGAUCCAUUGCCAUGUUUCUCCCUGAAGGUGCUGGAGAGGCUGUUGCUCCCCAUGAGCAUUGUCAUGCUGAGUGGUUUGAGACUGAGAAGGAUGGUGUUCCCUUGUUCAGAGGCAUGGAAAUUGUGCUGAGUCAGAGAAUAUUAUUUAUUUACUAAAUGUUAGUUGUCAAAAGUUAUUUAUUAAAUCCAGUCUAUGCAUUA